AUGGCCGGUGACAUGGAAGAUUCUCAAUUCCUGGAUAUUCCAAUCCCGUUACCGGACUUGGAGGAGACUCAAAUAGUUGAUAAUAUUGAAGAUCAGAGGGAGGUAGCUCUAUUCCUGCAAGUCAAAGAUGGAAAAGUGUCUGGAGCCGAGACUACUCCUUUCUUGCUUCCUCACAGGUGGACUUAUGAUACACUACUUUGCUGCGUUGAGGAUUACAUACGUCGAAAUGGCCACGGACAACGAGUGAAGCGUUUAUACUUCAAGCGCGCCAAAGGAAAGGCAAUAAUUUGUCUGAAUGGCGWUGGUGAUAUUUCUGAAUUAUUGAAGGAAUAUCCUUUACAGUACCCAAGCGGCAAGAAAUCAGGGAGAACAGAUAGGAUGUAUUUGGCGGCGGAGUUGGAUAAAAAUGACACAACAUCAUAUGUGCUACAAACCCCAAGRAGGUCACCUCGUCUUGUGAAAAAGACAUAUGAUGUUUUUGUUCAUACCACAGAAGUAGGGAAGGUUUCAUCAUCUGCAGAAGUUAUACACAAUGUAGAUACCGAUGCAAAACUGCUAGAUAUUAUUGAUCUUCUGAACAAAAAAGAAAAUGAAAACAUAUGUUAUGUCCCCAAAAAAGGCAUUUCUUGGUUGAGAAAGGGAAAUAAAAAUCCAGUUGUGUUGAAGAAUGAUGAAGAUCUUCAAAAGUGCAAAGAAGAAUAUCGUGGUACAAAUUCAAUCCGUAUUGCGUGCCCAGUGGUCAGCAAAUGUUCUUCUGAUGGUGACAAUGGUGCAAUACCUUCCAAAAGAAGAAGAAAACUUGACAUGGGAACAGGGAGUGAUUCAAAGAACGAUAAUGAGCUGUGGAAUGAAAUUCAUGUGAGUUUGGUAAGAGAUUUAGAGAAGAAAGGAAUCCUUCGGAGAUAUAGUACAAAGCAUUUGCAGCUAUGGACAGAUAUGAUUCUGGAAGGAAAGUCAUCUGGCUGUGGAGAGGAACCCGAGUGGGAGCUGUAUCUUGAACAGGUUAUUGUCCCACCAAAAACUAGAAGAAGUUUAUCUCCAGGUAGUAGUACAUCUUCGGUACAACCAACGUUCCAGCUGGAUCCUUCAGCUAAUCAAUCCUUAUCAUUCCAUACUUCUAAGGGUGGCAUUAUAGUGAAUUUGUUAUCACCACCAAAGGCAAUAGGCAAUAGACGAUAG